UCCAGCCGCGGGCUGAGCGCGGAUCCGCGGCGGGCGCGGGAGCCGGGCCGGGCGCGAGCGGAGCGCAGCCUGCGCCCCAGCCGGGCCGAGCGGGCCGAGCGGGCCGAGCGGCGGAGCGAGCCGAGAGCGCAAGAGGCGGCGGCGGGCGGAGCGGGGCACUGCGCGCCGGGGCCGCCGCCGGGGGGAUGCGGCUGCCUCCCCGGGCCGGUGUGUAGAGGGCGGGUCCCCGGCCUCGGGAGCGCGGCGGUGGAGGGGACGGAGGCGGCGGCCAUGGCGACCCCCGGCAACCUGGGGUCCUCCGUCCUGGCGAGCAAGACCAAGACCAAGAAGAAGCACUUCGUAGCGCAGAAAGUGAAGCUGUUUCGGGCCAGCGACCCACUGCUCAGCGUCCUGAUGUGGGGGGUAAACCACUCGAUCAAUGAACUGAGCCAUGUUCAAAUCCCUGUUAUGUUGAUGCCAGAUGACUUCAAAGCCUAUUCAAAAAUUAAGGUGGAUAACCACCUUUUUAACAAAGAAAACAUGCCGAGCCAUUUCAAGUUCAAGGAAUACUGCCCAAUGGUUUUCCGCAAUCUGAGAGAGAGGUUUGGGAUCGAUGAUCAAGAUUUCCAGAAUUCUUUGACCAGGAGCGCACCCCUUCCCAACGACUCCCAGGCGCGCAGUGGAGCGCGGUUUCACACCUCCUACGACAAAAGGUACAUCAUCAAGACCAUUACCAGUGAAGAUGUAGCCGAAAUGCACAACAUCCUGAAGAAAUACCACCAGUAUAUAGUGGAAUGUCACGGGGUCACUCUUCUUCCCCAGUUCUUGGGCAUGUACCGACUUAAUGUUGAUGGAGUUGAAAUAUAUGUGAUUGUUACAAGAAAUGUGUUCAGCCACCGUUUAUCUGUAUAUAGAAAAUAUGAUUUAAAGGGCUCUACAGUGGCUAGAGAAGCUAGUGACAAAGAAAAGGCCAAAGAACUACCAACCUUGAAGGAUAAUGAUUUCAUUAAUAAGGGCCAAAAGAUUUAUAUUGAUGAUAACAACAAAAAAGUUUUCCUGGAAAAACUGAAAAAGGAUGUUGAGUUUCUUGCCCAGCUAAAGCUCAUGGACUACAGCCUACUGGUGGGAAUUCAUGACGUGGAGCGAGCCGAACAGGAGGAAGUGGAGUGUGAAGAGAACGAGGGGGAGGAAGAGGGAGAGAGUGAUGGCACCCACCCUGUGGGAACCCCUCCUGACAGCCCAGGGAACACGCUGAACAGCUCACCACCCUUGGCUCCAGGGGAAUUCGAUCCUAACAUCGAUGUCUAUGGGAUUAAGUGCCACGAACACUCUCCUAGGAAGGAAGUGUACUUCAUGGCCAUUAUUGACAUCCUUACUCAUUAUGAUGCAAAAAAGAAAGCUGCCCAUGCUGCAAAAACUGUCAAACAUGGCGCUGGUGCGGAGAUCUCAACCGUGAACCCAGAACAGUAUUCAAAGCGCUUUUUGGACUUUAUCGGCCACAUCUUGACGUAACCUCCUGCGUAACCUCGGAUGGACAUGAGCGUGGGACGGACAGAGGUCGCUUCAGUGUAGGAAAAAAAAUGAAAACCAAAUUCAGUGAAGCACUCAUCUUGCAGGAAGCAAACCUCCUUAUUUACAUCUGCAGGCCAAGAUGACUGAUUUGGGGGCUCCUUGCUUUACGGCUGCCUGAACCUUCCCAGCAUUGUUCUAUUUGACUUGUGUGUGUGCGCGUGUGCGCGCUCAUGCGUGUGCAUUUUAAAGUCAUUAAAACAGAUCCGCUUCGGUCA